UUACCUUCGGCCUAUAAAUAUCACACUUUUCUCACACUAUCUCCCUCCACAUUCCAUUUGCGAUUCAAAUUUCAUCACCAAGUAAACGAGAGUUCUCUUCUUCUUUUAACCUUUUUCCGAGCUUGUGACUCUCAUCUUCAACUACCAUGGUUGUUGCUCAGAAACUCAAGGAAGCUGAAAUCACCGAGCAGGAUUCACUUCUUCUGACAAGGAACCUGCUCCGAAUCGCCAUUUUCAACAUCAGUUAUAUCAGAGGACUAUUUCCUGAGAAGUACUUCAAUGACAAAUCUGUUCCGGCGUUAGAGAUGAAGAUCAAAAAGCUUUUGCCAGUGGAUGCUGAAUCUCGUAGACUGAUUGAUUGGAUGGAGAAAGGUGUUUAUGAUGCUCUACAGAAGAAAUACUUGAAGACACUUUUAUUCUGUGUAUGCGAAGCAGUGGAUGGACCGAUGAUUGAGGAAUACGCAUUUUCCUUUAGCUAUUCGGAUUCUGACAAGCAAGAGGUUUCCAUGAAUAUCAACCGCACUGGAAGCAAGAAGCAGGGGGGAGCCUUCAAGUGUAACUCGGCUACAGAUAUUACUCCCCAGCAGAUGAAGAGUUCUGCUUGCAAAAUGAUUAGAACUCUUGUUCAGUUGAUGAGAACUCUAGAGAAAAUGCCUGAAGAGCGUACCAUUCUGAUGAAGCUCCUCUACUAUGAUGAUGUGACGCCAGCGGAUUAUGAGCCUCCAUUCUUCAGGGAAUGCUCAGAAGAAGAAGCGAAUCAUCUUUGGGUGAAAAAUCCAUUGAAAAUGGAGGUCGGAAAUGUAAACAGCAAGCAUUUUGUCUUGGCUCUGAAGGUGAAGAGUGUGCUUGACCCUUGUGAGGAUGACAAUGAGGUUAUCCAAGAUGAUAUGAGUGAUGAUUCCAUGCAAAAUAAUGAGUAUUAUGAUACUGACAGUGAGGUUGCUCAUUCUCAAGGGGAUCAAUAUAUAGUUGCACCCAUAGAGAAACAGCAAGCACAGGAAGAUCCUGGUGAGAUUGAUGAAGAGAAUACCCAGGACCCUGUUGAAGAUGAGCAACAAUUGGUUCGAGUCAAGGAGUGGCUCAACUGUUGUCACUUGGAUACCAUUGAUCUUACUGACGUUCUAUCAAAUUUUCCAGACAUCUCAGUGGUUCUGACUGAAGAGAUCAUGGACAACCUUGUCAAGGAAGGAGUGCUAUCAAAAAAAGGGAAUGACACCUAUGCUAUUAUUAACAAGGACAAGAAAUCUGAAUUUGAAUUCACGGACGUGAAAGAAGAAACUGAUGGUCAAAUUCCUCCAGUCCCUGAUAGAGGUUUGCAGGGUGAAGAUCUCAUCUACAUGAAGGCUCUCUACUAUACUCUUCCGUUGGCUUAUGUAUCGGUCCCAAAGCUUCAAAGCUCCUUCCAGGGAGAAGUAAGCCAAGCUGCAGCAAGAAAGAUAAUUGAUAAAAUGACCCGGGAUGGGUUUGUUGAACCUAAAGGCAACAAAAGACUAGGAAAACGUGUGAUCCAUUCUGAGUUGACCCAGAGAAAAUUCAUCGAGGUCCAAAAAGCUUUAGGUGCUGCUGAAGCUAUGGAUGUUGAUGACUGUGGACCAAAUAUCAAUUCCAAACAAACUGGUUACCGUAUAAAUGGAAGCAACCGAGACAUCUCAACAUGCGGAGUUCUCCACUCGAUUGGAUCAGAUUUAACACGAAUGAAAGUGACAUCUGAUACAGAUAAUGCUGACUCCAUGAGUGGACCAAACAUGCCAAAGGCAAAAGAGCCAGGGAGCACCCCGAUAAGCAGGGCUGGGCCAGUUGCUUCAAGAGAGAGUUUUGCGCACAGGAAAGAGAUCAGCACAGCAAAUGCAAGUGGAAUUGCAAAUGAAGGAGACGCUGAUACAAUUAUCUGCAGUAAAUCGUCCCAGGACAAGCGCCCCAGGAAAACAAGCGCUGUCAAGGAACCUAUCCAUCAAAAUAUGAAGCGUCAGAAAUCGCAGGCUACAUGAAUCUGAUUUGUGGAUCGCGCAGUAUUUGUAGAUGACAAACAAAAACUGAUACGCAUCUCAAACUUAUAUACCGUACAAUUAAGCAUUUGGCAAUGCAUACAGACGUAGAAAUUAAGCUUUGCUGGAAAAACAUUUUGUUUGCUUUCCUUGUUGAUUUUUAUGUAACUGGCAUAUGCUAAGUAUUGCACUUUUACUUCAUGGAUUCUUACAAAUUUUAGUUUAUAAGACUCUUCCCACAUCUUCCGGCUUUUUCUAAUUGUUGUAGUUUCCUCAUUUUCCAUUUCAUUAUGCGGGUUGCAAUUUAUUAUACUUUGAGAAAUUACUAAUUAUCCGUAACUCAAAUAAAUUCCAUAAAAACUUAUGAACUAAGAAAGGUUUGGUUGGAUGGAGGAACCUGUCAGAGCUGAAUCUUUAUUUAGGUAAUCAAAACUGAAAAUUGAUAGCUAUGUUGGGUAUAAUGAAGUGCAAUUUGAAGCACUAAGAAUGUGAGAAAUCCAAAAGGGAGAAAUGAAAACAAAAGCUACCGAACUUGGAACAGAGGAAAACCUAUUUAGGUUCUUAUUAUGAUCAUGAUGAUCAAUGUCAAAAGAUGCCAAAUACAAAUGAGAGGUAAAUAUGCAAUAUAUAUGAGGAGUGUUGAAUAUAUAAAUAAACUAGUACAAUUUAACAAGUUAUCGGAUCAAUAAACCGAAUCUAUACCAGAGGAAAAAAAAACUCCAACAUGAGUUCUGAUAAUUAUACUUUAUGUCAUCACUCAUACUAUAAUGCAAACGUUGGUCUAUCUGAG